AUCGAGCCCUCCCGCAUUCAUAUUUAAUAGUGUAGAGAAAAAUCUCAACUCUCUAUCAUCGCUCUCUCUCUCUCUCUAUACAAAAGUCUCAGGCGUAAACUCUCCGACAGAGAGAACCUUCCAACUCAUCUCAAUGGCGAACAGCAAUCUCCCCCGAAGAAUCAUCAAGGAAACUCAACGUCUUCUCAGCGAACCAGCACCAGGAAUAAGUGCAUCUCCAUCAGAGGACAAUAUGCGUUAUUUUAAUGUCAUGAUUCUUGGUCCAACACAGUCUCCUUAUGAAGGAGGUGUUUUCAAACUGGAAUUGUUUUUGCCUGAAGAAUAUCCAAUGGCUGCUCCAAAGGUUCGGUUCCUCACCAAAAUCUAUCAUCCGAACAUUGAUAAGCUUGGGAGGAUAUGUCUUGAUAUACUUAAAGACAAAUGGAGUCCUGCUCUUCAGAUUCGUACAGUACUUUUGAGUAUUCAAGCACUUUUGAGUGCUCCAAAUCCUGACGAUCCACUCUCCGAGAACAUUGCAAAACAUUGGAAGACAAAUGAGGCUGAAGCUGUUGAAACAGCAAAAGAAUGGACACGUCUAUACGCCAGUGGUGCCUAACAGUUGUGGAGAAAGGUGUUUUAAAAAAUAACAAAAUGUGCAAUGUACUCUUUGACUGUCUAAUUAGUAUGAUAUCUUGGAAGAACUGAAGAAUGGUUGAAACAAAAUGGACAUUGUUCUAAUUGCUUCUAAUUAUUGCUUGAUAAUUGUUUUCUUGCC